GCUGGGUGUAGAGGUGUAAACGCUGGGUAAGAUCGGUUGCCAUAUAUUUGAUUUUCUGGGGAGAUUUCUGGGGGAAAGUCGUGGAUGGGGCUGGUUGCUUUAAUUCUUUUCUAGGAAAAAAACCCCACAAAACCAACACAAAAAAGGAAAAAAAGGAAACCAAAAAAUCCCCACAGAAACCAAACCAAAAAAAAAACCCCACUGCCCCCCAAACCCCACUGUUUGAAGUUUUGGUAAUGUGUUUUCUUCAGGUGUAUCUAUUUUACUAUGUCUUAUUUUUCAAAGCUAAGGGGAAAAAAAAAAAAAGGUGGUAUCUUACAGAAGGAAAUUCACAGAACCCUCCUGUCAUAAAAAGGUAGAAAGAUGGGCCAGAUGAGUUACCUAAGGUUAUUUCUGCACCCAAAGAUGGAAUUGAAGAUGUAGCAGAAGUAGCUUUAAAUUAGUCAGCUUUCGUGAAAUUUGCUGUUAAGAAGUGGCAGCAUACUACUUCAUAUGGUCAGCAGGGAAUCAACAUAAUCUGUCAGGGAAUGCUGUUUUCCAGUGAGGUCUGUGCUGCUAUAGAGACGCUCUUACCCAUACCUGAGCUACCCAGUUAAAACAUUUGUGUCUACAUCAAGUACACCCACGCUUCUGGCCUUCCUUUAGACACAGAACUGUCUCUCAAGUUAACUCAUCCUGGUUGGAGCAAGGCAUUUGUUAGUUUUCACCUAAAUCAACUGGUUGGAUUUAGAACUGUGUGGGUGCCAAUUUUAACACAGUAUGUUAGCUACUGCAAAAAUGUCCUCAUAGGAUUCUAGUUGGAGGCAAUCUGGUUUUUUUCCAGUUCCUGGUGUAUAUAAAAGUGAAGACCAAGCCGGACAAAAAGAGGACAGGAUAAAUGGUGAGCUCUUAAUUCUGACUUCCGCCAGUGCAUCAGAAAGGCUCAUCCCCUGGUGUCUGACAGAAGGCACACUGCUGGGACGUCUUCCAGCUGCACACCUUAACUGAAAAUAGUGACAUAAUUAUCCUGUAACUUUGACUGUCCUCAGCUGAAAACAUACCAGUACAGUGUGUAAAAGAACAAAAAAGCAGAAGUUGGAAGAAAAUAUUUCCUGAGUUCCAGUGCUACAUCCUUUUGUAUGAUCCAUUUGAAGGAGUAUAGAGCAAAAGGGCAUUUUUUAGGCAUGCUUCUCCAAUUUUGUCGUGAUGUUUGAAGAAAUUGUGGACUAACAGGAGAGCUAGUGGGGACAGAAGAAUGGCUGGAGGGCUUGACCUGCGAGAGAGGGUUACGUCGAUGAUGUGACUGUUGAAGUGACUGUCGACUGAUGUGCGCGGCGAGGAGUUGGGCUGCCCUCAGAGCCGGGGCUGUCAGCGGCAGCUGCAGAGGAGGCCGCUCGCGGCCCUGUUGGCCCCUGGCGCUCGGAGGAGGAGGUGCGAGCUGGGCGGGGGCGGAGCGCGGUGUGGCUGCCCUGGCGGGCGGGGCCGCCAUUUGAAAUGCCGUCCCGUGGUGCCCCGCGGCCGCCGCUGAUUGGCCGGGCCGGGCGCCGCGCGGUUCGAAGUGGCGGUCGUGCGCGCGACACGUCCCGCUCCGGCAGCGCCUCGGCUCCCGCUCCCGGCAUGGCGUCCUUCGGCUCCCAGGGCGGCGGCGGCACCACCAAGAAGGAGGAGAAGGGCAAGAACAUCCAGGUGGUGGUGCGGUGCAGGCCUUUUAAUGCCUCAGAACUUAAAGCAAGCUCCCAUCCUGUUGUAGACUGUGAUCAAGCAAGAAAGGAAGUUAGUGUCCGCACUGGAGGAGUGACAGAUAAGACAUCAAAGAAGACUUACACAUUUGAUAUGGUUUUUGGACCUCAGGCUAAGCAGAUUGAUGUAUACCGGAGUGUUGUGUGUCCCAUUUUGGAUGAAGUUAUUAUGGGCUACAACUGUACAGUGUUUGCUUAUGGCCAAACUGGUACUGGUAAGACCUUCACAAUGGAAGGGGAGCGGUCACCCAAUGAGGAAUAUACUUGGGAAGAGGAUCCACUAGCAGGUAUAAUACCUCGUACAUUGCAUCAAAUAUUUGAAAAACUCACAGAGAAUGGUACUGAAUUUUCAGUGAAAGUCUCUCUUUUGGAGAUCUAUAAUGAGGAGCUUUUUGAUCUUCUGAAUCCUACUCCUGAUGCUGGAGAAAGACUGCAGAUGUUUGAUGACCCUCGAAACAGGCGGGGUGUAAUUAUUAAAGGCUUGGAAGAAGUAACUGUACACAACAAAAAUCAAGUCUACCAAAUCCUGGAAAGGGGUGCGGCAAAGAGAACAACUGCAGCUACUUACAUGAACGCGUAUUCCAGCCGCUCCCACUCAGUGUUUUCAAUUACCAUCCAUAUGAAAGAAACAACAAUAGAUGGAGAAGAACUUGUUAAAAUUGGAAAGCUAAACUUGGUUGAUCUCGCAGGAAGUGAAAACAUCGGUCGAUCAGGGGCAGUUGACAAAAGAGCUCGUGAAGCUGGAAAUAUCAACCAGUCUCUCCUGACACUAGGAAGAGUUAUUACUGCUCUGGUAGAAAGAACCCCACAUAUUCCAUACAGGGAAUCUAAACUCACAAGAAUCCUUCAAGACUCUCUUGGAGGACGGACAAAAACAUCAAUAAUUGCCACGGUUUCUCCUGCAUCUAUAAAUCUUGAGGAAACAUUGAGUACACUGGAAUAUGCCCAUAGAGCAAAGAACAUAAUGAACAAGCCUGAAGUCAAUCAGAAGCUAACAAGAAAAGCUCUUAUUAAGGAAUACACUGAAGAGAUUGAGCGUCUGAAGAGAGACCUUGUUGCUGCACGAGAGAAAAGUGGAGUCUAUAUUUCUCUUGAAAAUUAUGAAGCCCUUAAUGGAAAGCUGACUGUUCAGGAAGAACAAAUUGCAGAAUAUAUUGACAAAAUUGGUGUUAUGGAGGAAGAAGUGAAAAAAAUCACUGAACUAUUCACAAUUAGUAAAAAUGAACUUCAACAGUGUAAAACAGAUCUGCAAAUCAAGGAGAAAGAGCUAGAAGAAACACAGAAAGAUCUACAAGAAACCAAGGUUCAUCUGGCUGAAGAAGAAUAUGUGGUUUCAGUUCUGGAAAACAAUGAACAAAAACUUCAUGGCACAGCUAGCAAGUUACUUAGUACAGUUGAAGAAACUACAAAAGAUGUAUCUGGGCUUCAUGCGAAACUGGACCGUAAGAAAGCUGUUGAACAGCACAAUGCUGUUGUCCAAAAUACAUUUGCAGUACAAAUGAAUGCUUUGUUCAACAAAAUACAGGAUUCACUUAGUGAAAACAGUUUGAAGCAGCAACAGAUGUUGACAUCUUACACAAAUUUUGUAGGUGACCUCUUGUCUACCAGUUCUUCAACAGCUGAUAUUCUUGCAUCAGUUAUGUCAGCAGCUUGUGCCUCUGUUAAAGAAUUGGUGUCUACGGAAAUUUCUCACAUGUCUGAAAAAAUAACACAGCAUGAGAAUCUGUCACUGGAUUGUAAAGCUGAGCUGCUGAGAUUAAUUGAGGAACAUGAAACUGGUUUAGGAAGAGCAUUAAAUAACUUGACACCGGUGGUAGAAUUUGUCUUGGGGUUAAACUGUCAGUUUCAGAGUAACAUGAAGAAAUACUCUGCUCUGGCUGACCAGAUGGAGGUCCAUAAAUGGGAAAUGGAUACCUUCUUUGGAGAUCUUUCUCUCACUCUGAAAAAAAUACGUGAAGAAGUGGACAGUGGUUUUGCUGAGCUUCAGCAUAAUUGUGAUGAUUUAAAAGAAGAAGUGGAAAUGACGAGGUUGGCACAUGCAAAGAGAACAGCUGAAUUCAUGUCCUCACUGCAAAGCCAGCUUGAUGUGUUUGCUCAGGAGACUCAGAAGAACUUAACUAACGUACUCACGAAAAAUGGAAGCUUGAAGACCACCAUCACUGCUAUGCAAGAAAAUGUUCACUUGAAAACUACAGACCUAGUUAGCAGUGCAAAUUCCAAUCACAGCAAAUGUAUUACAUCUCUGGAUAAUUUCUCUCAAGAGCUCAGGGGCAUAAAUGCUGAAAGUAAGAUAAUGCUGGAAGAAUCCAGUGACCACUGUCAACAUCUCCUCAGCAAUCUCAAGGAUGUGUCUCAGGACACCAAAACCUGGUGUGAAUUUACAACUGCUCAGGUGGUCAACUUUACUGAUCAGCAACUGUCAUCCUUCAAUGAUGAGAAACAGCAGUUUCAGUGUUUACAAAAGAAAAGUGAAGAACACUGUGAUAAAACAACAGCUGAAAUUGCUGACUGUAGUAGUAGACAAGUGGCUGCUGAGGGGAAGGUACUCAGUGGCUUGCUUGAUCAGAUAAAGGUGGAUAAAGAGAUACUUCUGGAGCAGAAGCUGGCACUUAGCAAUGAAGUACAGGAUGGACUAACUCAGGUUAAUGGCUUCCUGCAAGAGGAUCUGAAAGUGGAUAUACCAACAGGGACAACUCCACAGAGAAGAGACUACUUCUAUCCAGUCACACUCAUGAGAACAGAGCCACGGGAACUUCUGCUGGAGCAAUUAAGGCAAAAGCAAUCUAAGCUUGAUGCUAUGCUAAGCAGCAUGACAAAGGAGAUGGAGGAUAGUGCAGGUCAGGACCUGUUGGAAGAGGAGGGAGGGUUGCAAGAAUCCAAUGAAAGCCUUGCUAGUGACAAAUGCUUAGUGGAUACAAACGUAUACUGCCACACAAAUGGUGGCGUUCCUUUUUUCCAGCAGAGAAGUCGUCGCAAAAAGGGUAAAGAGAACAAAUCUGCAGUUACAGUGGAGAACAAAAUGGAGGACAUGACAGAAGAGUUUCUUCAUGAAUCCAAGCAUCCCUUAAGAUUGCUGAACUAAGAUAUAUCUAUUGCAAAUUCCUGUUUUUAAAAAUUUCUAUCUCAUUGUCUUACUGAGCCAUAAUGUUUUUGGUUAUUCUUGGUCUCUAUUGUGAUGCAAAGUUGAAUCAAAAGAUUGGCCUGCUAGAUGUCAUGCCUUUGCCCCAUUUUUAUAUGCUAUGCUGGUAGCUUGCAAUGUAUUAAGGAAAAAACCCCUGCACAUUUUGGUGCUGUUAUGUUAAAUAUAUUUCUGUGUUGUUAAGAUAUCAUUUUCUGUUUCUCAGUAGAUUUAAAACACCAGAAAGGGAUGUUGAAAUAUGCUUUGUCAGCAUUAUCAGCUACCAUUUUAUAUAUGAAUCAACUGUAAAAAAGUGUUCUGGUUUUGUACCUGCUUUUUAAUCCAGUUGCUCUCUUUGAUACGUCAAAUAAAUUUUGAUAUAUGGAAAACAAACAUA